AUGAAGAAAUCAUAUUAUUAUUUCAACAUCCUUUUUAUUAUUAUACUCACUACUUUUCUUCUCAUAGCCAAUUCUAAAACCCUAAAACCUGAAAAACCAUGCAAACAACUCGUUCUCUAUUACCAUGAUAUCCUUUUCAACGUAACAAAUUCUGCAAACGCUACAUCUGCAAAUGUCUCAAACCCUCUUAAUAACGUCCUAGGAGAUUUCAAUUUUGGGAUGUUAGUAGUAUUCGACGAUCCAAUAACAAUAGAUCAAAAUUUGAUGUCAACACCUGUUGCACGAGCUCAAGGAUUUUAUUUAUAUAACAUGAAGAGCAAGUAUAAUGCAUGGUUUGCUUAUACUUUGGUUUUUAAUUCAAGUGAAUAUUGUGGUACAUUAAAUAUUAUGGGGGCAGAUAUUAUUGAACAAAAAACUAGAGACCUUAGUAUUGUUGGAGGGACAGGAGAUUUUUUUAUGGCUAGAGGUGUUGUAACAUUUAGUACUGAUGCUGUUGAAGGAUUGGGGUAUUUUCGUCUUAAAAUGGAUAUUAAGUUGUAUGAAUGCUAUUAG